AUGCAAAAUAAUCGUCGUGAAAAACGAGAUCGUGAACAAGGAUCUUUAACACGAAUUGCUAUAGUAAAUAACGAUCGAUGUAAACCUAAAAGAUGUAAUCAAGAAUGUAGACGAUCAUGUCCAGUUAAUAGAACAGAAAAAUUGUGUAUUGAAGUAAAACCUGAAUCAACUAAUUCUAAUAUAUCAGAAGAAUUAUGUAUUGGUUGUGGUAUAUGUGUGAGGCAAUGUCCAUUCGAUGCAAUAAGUAUUAUUAAUUUACCAAGUAAUCUUGAUAAAGAUACAACUCAUCGCUAUGGAUUGAAUUCAUUUAAAUUACACCGUCUACCAAUACCACGACAAGGCCAAGUUUUAGGUCUUGUUGGCUCAAAUGGUACAGGUAAAACAACAGCAUUAAAAGUUUUAGCUGGAAAGUUAAAACCUAAUUUGGGUAGAUAUUCGACACCACCGGAUUGGCAAGAAAUAAUAAAAUAUUUUCGUGGUAGUGAAUUACAAAGUUAUUUUACGAAGAUUCUCGAGGAAAAUCUUAAAACUGUAUUCAAAAGACAGGAUGUCGAUCGAAUUCCACAACUUGCACAAGGUCAUGUACGCGAUGUAUUAGAAAGAACAAAUGAACUAAGUGACCAAGGUGAAAUAUAUGAAUCAUUUGAUUUAUCAAAUGUUCAAGAUCGACAGAUAUCUGAUUUGUCUGGUGGAGAAUUGCAAAGAUUUACAUGUGCUAUGACUUGUAUGCAAAAGGGAGAUAUAUACAUAUUUGAUGAACCAUCAAGUUAUCUUGACAUUAAACAACGCUUAAAAGCUGCUGUGGCUAUUCGAAACCUUAUUCAAGAAAAUCGGUAUUCAUUAUGGUGUUGUAACAAUGCCUUUUCUGUUCGUGAAGGUAUUAACAUAUUUUUGGAUGGUUAUAUUCGAACAGAAAAUUUACGUUUUCGCGAUGUUGAGUUAACUUUUAAAGUUGUUGAAACAGCAUCCAAAGAAGAAGUCAGACGUUUAUCAACAUAUUAUUAUCCUACGAUGAAAAAAAAUCUAGGCUCUUUUGAUUUAUCUAUUGAUGCUGGUUCCUUUACAGAAUCGGAAGUUAUUGUUUUACUUGGAGAAAAUGGAACUGGUAAAACAACUUUGAUUCAAAUGUUAGCUGGUAAAUUAGAACCCGAUAAUGGAGUCGAAAUGCCUCACAUGAAUAUUUCCUACAAACCACAAAAGAUUAGUCCGAAAUUUACUGGUACAGUUCGUGAUUUACUUCAUGCAAAAAUUGGUGAAACAAUGUUUCUUCCACAAUUUCAAACGGAUGUUUCACGACCACUUCAAAUCGAUAAAAUAAUUGAUAAUCAAGUUCAAGAUUUAUCUGGUGGUGAAUUACAACGUGUUGCAUUAUGUUUAUGUUUAGGAAAGUCAGCUGAUGUUUAUUUAAUUGAUGAACCAUCAGCUUUUCUUGAUUCUGAACAACGUUUACAUGCUGCACGAGCUAUAAAACGAUUUCUUCUUCAUUAUAAAAAAGUAGGUUUUGUUGUUGAACAUGAUUUUCUCAUGGCAACAUAUUUGGCUGAUCGUGUUAUUGUCUUUGAUGGAGAACCAUCCAUCAAAACUCAUGCAUCUGAACCACAAGCACUUCUACCGGGUAUGAAUUCAUUUUUAAAACAACUCGAAAUAACAUUUCGACGAGAUCCAAGAAAUGGUCGACCACGUAUUAAUAAGAAAGGAUCUUUUAGAGUAAAUUUAAUUUCACAGAGAAGGUUUUUCUUUACGAUUAAUUUUGUAUCUCCGUAUGAAUUAGGAUAAGGAACAAAAAUCAGCUGGUCAAUAUUUUUUUCUUGAAUGAUCAACGUUGAAAACAUAUUAUCUCAAUUAUUAUUCUCAUCGUUCUGAUUAUGCAUUAAAUAAUCAAAUCAAAUAGAUUUUAUUGCCAAAAAGGACAUAGGACUGUAAAUGAAAUCAAGAUAAAUUUUAUUUGUUAUUUUUUAUUUAUAUUUUUUCUAAAUAUAUAAACUUUUGAGGACACAAAUAUGCUUGAUAGUGAUAUUAUUGUUUACCAAUAAUAAUGUACCAAAAAGAUAUGGAAUCAGUAUUGAAAGCAAGACUUUCAUCUAACUAAUUUUUUUAAAAGGAUGAAGCUGAGUGUGGGUGCAAGCACGUGGUCAGUACUUCACAUGAUAUUCUACUAAAAACACUAUAUAAGAUACCGAAAAGGAUAUCCUGUCUCCAGUAUGUUGCAGAGACUUUAGAGUACUUUUUCUUUCUUUACUACUGCAGUUGGCUACAAAUAUUUAUGGAGUGACACCAUCAAACCGAUGCGA